GAAUCGGGUUUCGAUCCCAAAGUUUUGGGUCAAAUUUCAUCGUACACUCCUAAACAGCUUAUGGACCUAGAAGCAGUCAUUUCUGCUGAAUUCAAAUCAGUAGGCAAAGAUUAUAUCCAGGCAAGGUUGGAACGGGUGAACAAGUUGAUCGAGAAGAUAAAUAAGCUGCUUAAGGCUGCUAACGCCAAUGACAAAAACUGGCUUAAGAUCUACAACUUUGAAAUUGAGACUAUUCACAACAUUAAGAACAACACAGAAGAUCUCAUACUAUCGAGUGAAGGAAUGGUUCCUAAUAGACCAGAUAUCUUGAAGUCAUUUGAUGAAUACGAAGAGGAGUUGAAAGAAAUCUUCAAAAACCUCCAGAGUCCUCUUGAUUUUGACAAUAUUCUCAAGGAAAGUCAAGAGGUUGAUCUGGAAGAGUCUAUUUUACCCUUCCCCUAUUUAUUCAAGCAGUUCUUUAAGCCACAUAAGAAGAAUCUUGAGGCAAUAGUAAACGAGAAAAACUAUCAGACAAAUUUGAUUUAUGAUACGUCAUUGGGAAACUCUACCAUCAUCUGGAAGCAAUAUUACAAUAAUCUUGUUAAACAAAAGCAAAAGUUGGUCCAAGAAACAUAUGAUGAAUUGAACAACUUAUACAAAGAAUACCAUAACAUAAACGAGGAAGAAGUGGCGAUUACGGGCAUAAAGCAUUACUAUCGUUCUGUUAUAGGGGUAAAUGAGGUCAAGCAGAUUUACGAGGAUGAAACUCUAGUAAAUACUUCUAACUCAAGAGACCUCAAAAGCAUCAUAGCAAAUAAUUACGAUUCUGGCUAUUUGAAUCUCGAUAAUCAAUAUGUGAAGAACAAUAGAAUUGAAGCCUCGAAUACAAGGAAGGCGAUUCUCCAUAACUUAAAACGAUUCAACGAGUCACAAUCGUCACUUACUGAUACAUCUACGAAGAGAAUCAGGUUGGAUGUGUGCAAAGGAUUGGAUGAUAGUGAGAUUGAUCUGGACAUUUUCAACUUGCGA